AGGGAACAUGCUUCUCAUUCCUUCCCUCAGCUCUCUCUCUCUCUCUCUCUCUCAUGGCUAAUACAAAGGCCACGUUGGUGUUUACAGUCUUGUUCCUCUUCCUUGUAUCAGAGUUGCAUGUGUACGGGAAAGGAACGUUGGCGGCGGAAGAAGAGAUAGACUGUGGGUCCAAGUGCGAGUACAGAUGCAGCAAGGCGUCGAGGCAUAAGAUGUGCAUAAGGGCGUGUAACACGUGCUGCGAGAGGUGUCAUUGCGUGCCACCUGGCACAUCUGGGAAUGAGGAUGUGUGCCCCUGCUAUGCUAACAUGACCACCCAUGGUGGUAAACACAAGUGCCCUUGAAAUACAUGCAAUACCACCCUAUUACAAAAUAAAAUAAAAUAAAAUA